CGUGGCCGUGGUACGGGCAGGCAAGGCAAGGCAGGCGGACAAGACGAGCAGCAGCAGAGUAACAUGGCGGCGUCGCGGGGCACGCAGUGACACAGGCCAUUCGCGCGAGCAUGGAGGCGCGGUGAGAGCCCGACACGGCGCCGACAGCCCCGCAGAUGCAGUGCGGCGACCUGAUGUACCGGAGGGCGCCCAUCAUGACUCGCGGCAGCUCGCAGGCGGCCGUCGCCGACAAGGCCGCGGCCAGCAGCAGCACCAGGGAGGCCAUCCACUCGGGACACUUCAUGGUGUCCGACUUUGAGGCCGAGGCGCAGGACGACGAGGACCUGGUGGCCGUGCCGGUCGAUGACGACGAGUCGAGGCAUGCCAUCGUCCCUGCCCCGGUCGACCCCGCUCCAGGGACCGCCGGCCAGCGGGAUGCCCCGCGCAUCAGCGCCAGGGGCGACCUUAAGGUGUCCCUCUUCAUCGAUUCGUCCCUGACCAAGCUGUUCCAGUGCAUGACUGUCGCCUACAGACAAAAAUUGACCUCGCCAAAAUGGAACCGCUUCAAGGGCAUACGGAUACGCUGGAAGGACAAAAUAAGACUCAACAAUGUGAUAUGGAGGUGCUGGCACAUGCAGUUCAUCAGAAAAGAAAACACGUUUGUGUGCCAGUUUGCAUCUCCUCUGGACCACGACAUGCACAACAAACCAGAGGCAGUGGUCCUCGAAGGCAAGUACUGGAAGAGGAAACUUGCAACAGUCACCGCAGAGUACAAAAAAUGGCGAAUGUUUUACAAAAACAAAAUCAUGGGAUGGACCCCCAAGGACGGAGACCAUCUGCUGGGGGACAUCGACAUGUUCGAGUGGCACCCAGACAGCAACGAGUCAUGCAAUCCUAUGAUGGUUGAUGAAGACUACAUGGACCUGAUGAGUGACACUUUGUUCUCCUCAAUCGCGCAGCAGCCAUUCCCAUUCCCGAAUCCAAGAGAAAUAGCGAGAGCUGGUUUAGCGGAGUUUAUCCAGCCAGGAUUAGUGCAAUUACAACCAAACAUCGAUGACUACAUGGACACUAUCGAACCUCUUCACUCACUUCAUGCGUUUUGGAUUCCAGAAUUGCUCAACUCUAGUUCAAAAUUGGCAUCUGUUCCCGAAGAGCCCAACAGCCUGAACGCGCUUGAAUCAAAUCUCUUUCGACCAGAAGCGCCUCGGAACAUGGACCUAACGCAGAACACCAGCUUAGCCUCCCAGUCGCAGACGCAGUCCAGCCACAAUGACUCUUUCCCAGAUAUCUCACUUCAGUACUCGAACAAAAUCUUCGGGGACUCGCCAAACUUCAUUUCCUCAAGGCAGCAGCAGCAACAGCAGCAGCAGCAAUCACCGGCUCAGCAAAACCAACCUUUUUUCUUCACAGCACAAGACCCGAUGAUAAAUCAAACCCAACUGCCGGCCCAAGCGCAAACCAUUGCCCUGACUCCGCAGCUAAGUGCUCUGCUGCAGGAGUCCCCGGCGCAGAAUGUGCAAGAUCACAAUCAGUUGAGUCCGGCGACCAGCAGCAAACCUGUCCAGGUCUCAAAGAGCGGCAACCAAGGCAACUUUGCUGUGCCGAACAUGAAUAAGCAGGUCAAAAGGCGAUCUCACAGCGGCUCCUCGCUACUCACGAAUACUUCAACACCUCGGAUGACCUCGCAGUUGUCGAUGAGCUCUAUCAACUUGACGACGAGCCAAACUCAGGCGACUGCAGUGACGACCGACGGGAACGCCCUUUUGGCCCAGCUGCUUCAGCCGGUGCAGCCGCAGCAGCAGCCGUCGCAACAGCCGCAGACGUACUACAACAAGCCCAUUCUGCCUGCCCCGUCGCCGCAGCAAACGCAGAUUUUGACCCCGGUGCUGGUCAGCCCGUUGGCUCUCACCAUGCCUGGCGUCAAAACCACCAGUCCAGAUCUCUCGCGCACCAGCCAUCAGUUGGCCAACCUUCAGCCAAAGCCGUCUCAGAAUCAGUUAAGCGGAAAUCAAAAUGACCUCAGGGAAACUGCCUCGACCUCGGCUGUUACUUCUGCCUCCUUCAACGUCAGCCCUCUUUCUCCACCGAAAUCAUUCAGGCCGAAAAAUGAUCAGGAACGCACCCAAUACAAGAAUUUUGGCACGCCUAGAGAAGCUUUAUUUAAAAACGAAAUGCGUCGUGUGUGCCAUAUCAACGCAGAGCAGAAGCGUCGGUGUAACAUUCAAAGCGGCUUCCAGACACUUCAGUCGUUAAUUCCGCAAAUCAGCCAAAGUCCAAGCGCAAAGCUCAGCAAGGCAGCUUUGCUCCACAAAGGGGCUGAAUACAUCAAGCAGCUGAGACAGGAUAGGAACAACCUGAAGGAUGAGAUCGCCCUUUUGCGGAGUGAAAUCGACUCGCUCAACACCUCCAUCAGCAACGUGCAGGCGCUGCUGCCUGCCUCUGGCGCACCAGUUUCGCACCAGAGGUCCACCAGGAUGAUGGAGAUGUUUGACGACUAUGUCAGGGUGUGCACUCUGCAAAACUGGAAAUUUUGGGUCUUCAGCUUUUUAAUGCGCCCACUUUUGGUUUCCUACUCCGCCACUGUCUCAACGGCAAACCUUGAUGAGAUGGUGAGGACUGUUAUGCAGUGGGUGGAACAGCAUUGCACUCUCUCAGAGCUGAGGCCAGCUGUGCUUAAUGCUUUGAAGAACAUUUGCACGGCCACCGACAUCCUGACGGAUCCUUCCAAGCUGCCGGAGCAGGCGACGCGUGCUGUCACGGAGCAGCAGCAGCAACAGCAGUAUGGCCACUCGUCGUCCAGCGCUGGUCCAUCGUCUCCGCAGUCGCCGCUGGGUGGCACGCUGAGCUACUCGCUGCACUAGUUUCGCCAGUGCCAAAAGACACCUGCUCGCUGAACUUUGCAAAGAACACGAAAGUGCUUUUCAUACAAACUCACACAGACACACUCAAGUAGGACAUUUCCUUUUUAAUUAUCAGAAAGAUUCGUUUUCUUAACUGAACAUGGUCAAUUAACAUCUGCAUUAAAAACGAACCAAGUGUUUCCGUUUGCCUGUGAGAGCUUGACUGAGGCCGACUCUGGGAAGUUUGUAAAAAAAACGAGCCGUGAUAAAUCUGUCCAUUGCUUGUCGUCUUGAGGGAAUGUAAAGAAAGGAGGAGUUUGCCUUGGGCUCUUUGAAUUCAAAUUAAUCUUUAGUAACCACUACGGUUUUCUACGUUGCGGGUAGAAGAGGUUGAGCUGGAAAACGGGGUACUUUAGCACUUUUCCUUUUCUACCUGAUUUCAAUUGCAUAAAUGACCAUUGUUUUCGAUAUUUGUUCAUCAUGUAAGUACAAUAAGUGGAAAAUGGAUAAUUCGGAGUGUAAGAGAGAAUGAGAUAAAAGAAAUCUAGCUUUAGCCUAGUAGGCUCUGUAGAAAUUUUUCAAUAAGGACACACAAUACUAUAUGUAAUUUUGAAUGCCUUGUCACUCAUGGAUCCCUUUUUACAAACACAUAUUGAGUCAAAUUUACUCUGACUGAUGUGAUAUAGCAAACAUAAUUUUCAUCUUCGCCAGCGAUUUCUAAAUUUAACAUUUGGCGCAGAUAACAAGAAAAAUUAUCGACCACAAGUGUACAUCCAGAGUUGUGAUUAAUAUUAAUUUAAAAUCUCUAUUGUUCUCUUGGAUUUAUGGGCUAUUGUUCAAAAUGACUUGGACGUUCUAGUUACCCCAUUAUUUGUUACUUGCGUGAGAAAUGGAUGUUGAAUGAAUAUCCUAACUUAGCGCUCAGUUGUGAAGCGCACGAGAAUCACGUGCAUUUUUUGCAAUUAUCAAGUAGUCAAAAUUGGCUGGGAGAGAAAUUUGCGCAGGAAAAAUGUUUCUUACUGUCCCUGAUUUCAUCUUUUUUUCUAUAAAAUUUGUGACAUUUGAUUUCUAAAAAUUACUGUUGUUAACAAAUUAUGUCAGUUAUGUUGGAUUUGGAAAUUUUAUUUCUCUUAUUGAAUUGAAAAAUGUUAAUUAAAAACUGCGCAGCCAUGUAUUUCCUUGAAUUUUGUUUUAAAGAUGUUGUCUAAAAAGUGGAUUGAUAUCAAUCACGAAAAGGUUUCCAGCUUUUUUAACGUGUCCGGCUAUUACACAAAUAAUGCCGUUCAUUUAUUGUGACUCAAAAUUAUUAAAUAUAGCUAUAUAUUUUAUCAACGAAUAA